AUGGCGAUCGAGGCAAAAGGGUCUUUCGACUCUGACACAAUUACGGCCUUUAUUGCUUGGUACUUCUUGAUCCCUCUGGGUGCAUCGUGGCUACAGUCAAUCCUCUACAGCAUCUUCAUACGCGCCGGUGACCCUCGACCUCAGCAUGGCUCCCCUCGAUUCGCCCGACACCGCCGACAGAUCCUCCUUGCCAUCUACGUAGCGUAUUUCGCCUUUGUGAUAUACGAAGUGGACUUCAAGGUGCACCGCUCGGGCAAUGCUUAUACCCAUUUGGGGGUGCCCUUUGAUGUUGAGGAGAAGGCACUGGCUUCGCGAUUCCGAAAGCUUACGAUGCGGUAUCAUCCAGACAAGAUCCAGGGAACGGCGGACAGGGAGUCGGCGAACGAAUACUAUGUGUUUCUGAAGCAUGCUCGGGACCUGCUCAUGGAUCCCUCGAAGCGGUUCGCCUAUGACCGGUUCGGCCCUGAUAUCAUCCGGCAAUGCCGAGACUGCUUGACCACCGGGGAAUACGUCAAGCAUGCGCUUAGAUCCAUCGCGUCGAGGUAUGGUGCUCUGGCUGCUUUCUUGCUGGGCGCAAAUGCCCUGGGUUUUCUCAAGGAGGGCGCAUACUGGAGGUGUCUCAGCCUUGUUGCGCUUGCAGCAUACGAAGCCCGCACGGCCAUGCGCCCCGACCAUGGCCAGAUGGUCGCAAACUACGUGAAUCCAAUCUUGUUUUCUAGAUUGGGCAGGCAGCCAUACCUACCCUUCCAGGUCAUCAUUCUGCUACGCAAGUCUGCCCUCUCCAUGGCUCAGUUUCUCGGACUGGCGGUGCCGUUGUGGCGCGAAGAUGCGCGGAAGGCUGCAAAAGCGGGCGAAGACUCGGACGAAGCUCGCCAACAACAAGUCGACAGGCUCGAAAGGGUUGUCAGGGAAGGCUCCCAGCUGGCCUCGCGGUUGGUGGAUAUGGAAACGAUGCCAUAUCGCCACAACGAGCGUGCAAAGUCGGAUCUGAAGGCUGCAAUGAAGAGAUACAUGAUGACCAAUGCGGUGCACAUGGAUCGAGAAGUGCGAAAUGCCAUGGGCCAGAGCUAUGCGCGUCGGCAUGCCCGCGGUCGGGGCGGACUUGCAAGGGGGACGUGA